ACUCCUGACCUCAAAUGAUCCACCUGCCUUGGUUUCCCAAAGUGCUGGGAUUACAGGUGUGAGCCACUGCACCUGACUUAGGAUAGAUUUUUCCAGGGUACCCAUUGGGUUAUGAGAUGUUGAUUUCUAUUUUAAACUUGUUUUUUGAAUGAUCUCUGCUCCUUGGCUCUAUGAUAGGAAUUCUUAACCUGAGUGAGCAAUUCAAACUGAGAUUACUUGUGUUUAGACUCAUAUAUUUGGAUAACAUAUGACUUCUCCCGUAUGCCCCAGAAAGCUGCUAAUGACUUGCUCAACCUGAAAUUUACAGUAUUCCAAAUUACAGGUUGGCAGAGAUACUGGAUUCAUAACAUCCACAGUUAUGAUAUAAUCAUUCUUAUGCUGUAAACAAAAUGAUUUUGGUUAGCAGAAUUUGAUAACUGUUAACUACCUACUAGGCACUAUUGUAGCCACUUUAUGUGCUUCAUGACAUCUUAUGAGAUAGGUACUAUUAUCCUCAUUUUGCAGAUGAGGAAACUGAGGUACAAGGAGGUAUUUUCUCAAGGUCACACAACUAGGGAGUGGUGGCACUAGAAGGGGAACAUAGGCAGUCUUUCUCCAAAGCCUAUGUUGUGCUGCCUCUUGAUGGAGAGUAAACCUGUUUUAUAGUGUGUGUAGUAUGGAAGCAGCAUAAUAAUAAGAAUAGCUGUUCCUUAUUGAGCCAUUACUGUGGCAGACACUGUACUAUAAGCUGCAAUAUCACCAUUAUCUCAUUUGAAUCUCAUAGUAGCCCUGUGAAUUAGAGGUAUGUAAAUGCUUCCUCCUCUCCCAGCACCUUUACAGAUGAGGAAACUGAACCCUAGUGGUGAAGAAAGUUGUCUAAUGACAGAGUGCUUGUAAGAGGUAAAGCCAAGACUUGAAGCUCUUUCUUGCAGUUAUUGGAUUUCUCCUAAUUUAUGGGAACUAAUACAGUACAGUAUCUAAGGAUGCAAGUACUGAAACCAGAAAUCUUGCCUCAAAUGCCAUUUCUGCCACUUGAGCUGUGUACUUUGGACAGAUUAAUCUCAUCUUUCCCAUUUGAAAGUCAGACAUAAUGUCUUCCCUAGAGGCUGUAAGGAUUAAGUGAGGCAAGUGUAUGUAAAUGGACUGAGCUCGGAGCUUGGCUCACAACACUCAGUAAUCAUCACUGCCCAGUGUUUUUUGUGUAUAAAUAAAUAAAUACACUAUUUCCCCCAUGUUUCCAUUUUUUAAAACAUUGUAUAGUGAAUUUGUUGUAUCUUUCUCAGAUUAACAAUUGCACACAGUGCUUGAAAUGUAGAGGUAUUUCACUUGAAAAGAUAUCUAGAGGUUGAAAGAAAACAUGCUUGGCAUAUGAUUUGAAAAUAUAACUAACAUGCUAUUUAAAAAUAAGUUUACCCUAUGUUUUCUAUCUUUUCUGGCACCUAGAUAUAUCAUUUAAUAAGUAAUAGCAAGGAUAAUCGUCUAUUUUUUUAAGCCCUGGAAAACCUUGAUUGAAGAGGACAUGUCAGUAUUGCAAAUAAAUGCAUGGUAUUUGUGUAACAUUGUGGAAACUAAUAAACACAAAUUGUACUAUAGCAAUUUUUUCUUGCCAAUUUUAUUGACAGACAAUUUAUAUACAAUAAACGACAUCCAUUUAAAGAGAACAGUUUAUUGGCUUUUGGCAAUUGUAUAUACCCAUGAAAUUACCACCAGAAUUAAGACACAGCAUUUCUGUCAUUUCUAAGAUUCCUUGUGUCUCUUUCCAAUGCAUCUCACUAAGUCCUAGGCAACCACUAUGCCCAAGUCUCUAGACUAUCUUGGAUGUGGAAUGACUUUGUGUAUGUUUAACUUUUGAAGAAACCUCUCAAAUAAUUUUCCAAAGUGGUUAUGCCAUUUUACAUUCCCAACAGCAGUGUAUGUGAGUUCCAGUUGCUCUGUAUCCUUCUGCAUUUGGUGUUGGCAAUCUUUGAAGUUUUACCCCUUCACGAGGAUGUGGAGUUACGUGUAUUGUGGUUUGUAUUUCCCUUAUGACUACUGUUAAGCAUCUUUCCAUGUGUUUACGGGCCAUACAUAUAUCUGAUUUGGUGAAGCAUUCAAAUCCUUUGCCCAUUUAAGAAAUUUGGUGGGUUUUUCUUAUUGAAUUAUAAGAGUUCUUUAUACAUUCUGUAUACAAACUCCUUUGUCACAUAUUGGAAUGACGGUUUUAAAAUAGUAUUUGGUAAGUAAUAACGUUAGGCUAGGUACUUUACAAAGCAGUAUGACCACAGUACUACAGAGAGGUUGAACAAACUGCUAAACCUAGAAAUCUGUCAAGGGAGGCCUCUACUUUUUUGCCCAGAGCGCUGCGACCAAGAAACCCACAACAUAAAACCUUAUUUACUCUUAAAAGCCAACAGAGAUGAUAUAGCUUUAAAAAUAACAAAAAUCCCACCAUGUAUCUUUGUUGUUGAUGUUGCCGGCAAGCUGCCUACUAUCUCCCAGGACCCCUCUUAAAAUCGAAGUUAAAACCUCAACAUAGGAACGCCGCCAUCAGGGUUCCGUUGGUCCAUUUUAGAAUAUCGGGCAGGUAUCUUCGACGGUAUUCAUGUCAUUUAAUUAUCUACAUGACGUCCUUUAGGGGAUAAUAAACUCGUCGGGCUUUUCUGUUUGGCUUUGAACCAGUGUCAUGAGACGGAAAAGGCCCGACCAGAGGGCGGACAGGUACCCGGUUCCCAGCGUCACCGCUGCUAGAUGUCCCGGAAAGCUGGACGCCGGCCGCGCAUGCGCCCCACGGCCCGCCCUGGUUCCGCCUCCCUGGAAGAGGGGUAGCGUUGCCUCGGUAACCGGAGUAAACAGAGGCCUCCGGCACAAGCUGUGAAGAGAGGAGCCGCGGCGGUCAGUACCUUCGAGGAAAUGAAGGAACCAGAUGAUCAGGAUACUGAUGGGGAGAAAUCAGUUACAUCAAAGAGUAAUGGGAAGAAGUCUUUGAGGUCUUCUAAAUCGGAAUCAAGAUCUCCUGUUCAAGAAGAUGACACAUUUUUAGAAGAUGCCACAGAUGAAACAUUUACUGAAGGGGAAGAAUCAUAUUUAGAAGAAGACUCAGAUGAGGAACGUUUGGAAGGAAGUUUGAGUUCAUUUCAGUAUGAUGAUUUGCAAAGCACUAGAGUAUCUCAGCAAACCCCUGCCCCAGCUGUGGAAGAGGCAGAGGAGGAAGUUAAGAAGAAAAUAUCAGAGAGCUUCUUCUAUGAUUAUAUGGAGCUUGCUUCGAUGCCUUUUGUGACUCUGGAUUCAGACAUACCACUGGAUCUUCUCACACUCGUACAUUCUUUUGGUUAUGACUGUAGAAAGCGAGCUAACCUACAACUUCUGGACAACAGUAUCGCAAUAUACAUAGCUGGGAACCAACUGAUCUUUCUGAAUUUGAAAACCAAGGAACAGAUCUACCUGCGAAGUAGCAGUGGUGAAGGAAUUGGCGUCAUUGGGGUUCAUCCACAUAAAACUUACUUCAUAGUAGCUGAAAAAGGGAGUUUUCCAGAUAUUAUCAUUUAUGAAUAUCCUUCUCUGAGACCAUACAGAAUCCUUCGAGAUGGGACUGAGAAGGGAUAUGCUUAUGUGAACUUUAACUACAGCGGUACCUUGCUGGCGUCUGUCGGUAGCAACCCUGACUACACACUGACUAUCUGGAACUGGAAAGAGGAACAACCCAUACUGAGGACAAAAGCUUUUUCUCAGGAAGUUUUUAAGGUUACUUUCAAUCCUGAUAAUGAAGAGCAGCUUACUACAUCAGGAUCAGGCCACAUCAAGUUCUGGGAAAUGGCUUUUACAUUCACAGGUCUCAAGCUGCAGGGAUCACUAGGUCGAUUUGGCAAAACAACUACUACUGAUAUAGAAGGCUACAUGGAACUCCCAGAUGGGAAGGUGCUCUCAGGGUCAGAAUGGGGCAACAUGCUGCUUUGGGAAGGUGGUCUGAUCAAAGUGGAGCUCUGUCGAGGUACAAGCAAGUCAUGUCACAAUGGUCCCAUUAACCAGAUAAUGCUGGAUGAGGGUGAAGUUAUCACGGUUGGGUCAGAUGGAUGUGUUAGGAUAUGGGAUUUUGAGACAAUAGACACUGCUGAUAUAAUAGAUGAGACUGGAUUGUUGGAGAUUGAGCCUAUUAAUGAACUUCAAGUAGACAAGAAUGUGAAUCUCUUCUCUAUGACAAAAAUGAGUGAAACUGGAAAUAACUUUUGGUUGGCUCAGGAUGCCAAUGGAGCCAUAUGGAAGCUUGACCUUAGUUUUUCAAAUAUUACCCAGGACCCAGAAUGCCUCUUUUCCUUCCAUUCCGGAGCUGUUGAAGCCGUGGCUGUUUCUCCUCUCACUUAUCUCAUGGCCACAACUGCCUUGGACUGCUCUGUUCGAAUCUAUGAUUUUGCUAGCAAAACUCUUUUGACUCAGAUGAAAUUCAAACAAGGAGGUACUGCCCUUGUUUGGGUACCCCGAAUGGUAAACUUCACUGGAGCAGAAAUUAUUGUAGGAUUUGAAGAUGGAGUUGUUCGAGUUCUUGAACUUUAUGAUCCAAAAGGGCUCACGAUUUUUGUGGGACGGAAGAAAAUUUCGGAUGCCGAUAUUCGCUUGAAACAGGUUUUCAAACCCCAUACUGCUCGUGUCACUGCUUUAGCUUAUGAACGUGAUGGGGAAAUUCUAGCCACAGGGAGUAAAGAUCAAACUGUUUUCUUCUUUGAAGUGGAAAGGGAUUAUAAGCCAAUUGGUUAUAUUAAUACUCCUGGACCUGUGUGUCAGUUAAUGUGGUCUCCUAUGUCUCAUCUUGAAAGUACUUUACUAAUUAUCUGUGAAAAUGGCUAUAUUCUUGAAGCUCCACUUCCAACCAUAAAUCUAGAAGAGGAUGAUCAUGAUGUAGUCUCCUAUGAAAUCAAAGACAUGUGCUUAAAAUGUUUCCAUUUUUCAAGUGUCAAAUCUAAGAUCCUGAGAUCAAUAGAAAUUGAAAAGAGGGAGAGACAAAGGAAGUUGAAGGAAAAAAUAAGGGAAGAAAGGAGGAACAAGCUAGCAGCAGAGAUGGGAGAAGAUGGAGAAAAAGAAUUUCAGGAGGAGGAAGAGGAGGAAGAGGAGGAGGAGGAAGAAGAGCCUUUACCGGAAAUAUUUAUUCCAUCAACCCCCUCUCCCAUCCUCUGUGGAUUUUACUCAGAGCCAGGGAAGUUCUGGGUUUCUUUGGGUGACUAUGAUUCUGGUUUUCUGUAUCACUGCGAGUUCCCCCCUUGUGAUAAAAACAGUGAUUUCAAGGAACAAAAAGAUGAACCUAUCGAUGUCCGUUAUCUUGAGGAUACAGAGGAUAAUCCCAUCCAAACUAUCACUUUCAACAUUAACAAAGUUAUGAUGUUUUGUGGAAUGAAAAAUGGAGCAAUUCGAGUCUAUGUCCUAAAUCAGAAUGAUCCUUCAUUGGCCAGUUUGGUGGACUACUGGCACUUCAAUAUGCACGACAAUAAUUAUGGAUGUAUUAAAAGUAUUGCUAGUAGCUUUGAUGAUCGUUUUUUGGUGACUGUUGGAGCAGAUGGUAAUAUAUUUGUUUUCAACAUUAUUUCUGAAUUUAUGCUAAGGAAAGACAUCAAGGCCAAACUGCCAUCUCCCAGGUUUGGAAUUGAAACAGAGCCAAUUCCAGAAGACAUUGAAGAUCCCAAAGCCUACAGUAUCGAGAAUGCUAGGAGAAAAAGAGAACAUGACAAGUUAAUGAAAGAAGUGGAAGAAAUAAAGGCACAGAAGAGAGAGCAAAUCAAAGCUUUGAGGACUGAAUUUUGUAAACUAUUAGAAAUGAAUGAAGAAUUACCAACGCAUAUGCAGUUUAAACGAACAGAUUUUGAUGUAGAUUCCAAAAUCCGUGCUGAGAUGCACAGAAGAACAGCUUUCAAAAUUCAACAAGUGGAAAAGGAAUUAGCUUGGGAAAAAGAGAAACAUGAACUCGGCCUAAAGAAGCUAAAGAAUCGAUUUCGAGAUCCAUUGGAAAGUGAUACUAUUGUGGUUCAUGCCAUACUAAGUGACCACAAGAUAUCCUCUUACAGGCUGGUACAGCCCUCUAAGUACUCCAAAUUCAAACGAACUAGUCAAUCAGAGAGAAAACCAAGCAAACUGGACAGGUUUGAAAAAGAGGGAACUGGAAGAAAGGACAGCCAGAGAGAUGCAGGUGGGAGCAUUGCCAUACAAGAAGAAUCAAUAAUAGAAAAAGGGAAGAAAUUUCGGCCUAAAACCCUAAGUGAAAUUAUGGUGGAAAAUCAAAUCGAGAAAACAAGAAAACUUAUAUUGAAAGCUGAAAGGGCACAAUUAAAGAUUCAACAGCGAAAAAAAGAAUGGGAGGAACUAUACAAGAGUAAACCUGGUGACGACUAUGAAGAUCCUAAAGAUCUUCAAGCCAUCAAAGAAGCCCAGGUGUAUAUGGGAGAUUUCAAUCUGAAGACAGCCCCAGACUAUAAGAUACCUGAGCACAUGAGAAUAAAUGCUGCCAAGAAGGAAGAGGAACUAGGACACCUAGAUUCUUUGGUCCAUGGAAAUAAAAGGUACAUGAACAAGUGCAUUCUCUCUCUUAGAGACCUUAAAGUGGCUGUUGUUGAGGAAAUACAGUGCCUGGUACAAGAACUGAAGAACAUUCAGUCGACUCUUCACGUAUCCAAGCACAUACCCAUUCCCCAAAUUCCUCAGAUACACCCGGAAGAAGUUCCAGAAAAGAGAUUUCAGUAUGAUGAAGAAACUCUCCUAAAUUUUAAGCAACAGCAUAUGAAAAGUGACGAUGAAAAGUCCCCCGGAGUGGAACAGACAGGGUCUGGAGGCCCAGGUGGAGGAUUCCUCAAGCUCUCUUCUGGAAAGGAUGGGGAUUUGACAACCCGAGAUUCAAUGUCUAGAUCAUCAAAGGCAUCAACUCUCAGCCUGGAUAUACCAAAGUAUAUGGAAUUUGAAAAAGCAGAGCCAACGGAUGUGGAGCUGGAAAUUAUGAAGAGAGAUGAGAUUAAACACGUGUACAUGCAACAGUAUUUGGUCAACAGGGUCAAAGAACUGAUUGUCACUUUUGAUGCAGAACUCCGUCUCCUUAGACAUCAGAAACUGAAACUAGAUACUCAGAUGAAAUUAUCUGAUCUGCACCAUGUCACCUUAUUUCAAGAAAUACUUCUCCUGAAGAAUUUUGAAAAACAGGAGAACAUACUCCAAGAGCGUGUUAAUUCCUUGGACAAAGAGGAACAGUACAUGCAAUGGAAAAUAAAUGAAACUCUUAAAGAGAUGGAAGAGAAAAAGAAUGAAAUCACCAAACUCCAGGAGCAAGAAAAGGCACUCUAUGCUGGUUUUCAAACAGCCAUUGGAGAAAACAAUAAAUUUGCAAACUUCCUCAUGAAGGUCCUAAAGAAGAAGAUUAAACGGGUAAAGAAAAAAGAAGUUGAAGGAGAUGCUGAUGAAGAUGAGGAGAGUGAGGAAUCAAGUGAAGAAGAAUCUAGCUUGGAGAGUGAUGAGGAUGAGUCUGAAUCCGAAGAUGAGGUUUUUGAUGAUUCUAUUUGCCCAACAAAUUGUGAUGUGGCUCUUUUUGAGCUCACCCUUCAACUUCGAGAGAAAAGGCUGGACAUUGAGGAGGCUUUAGUUGAAGAAAAGAAAGUUGUUGAUAACCUCAAAAAGGAAUAUGAUACAUUGUCAAAAAAAGUGAAAAUUGUGGCAACUAAUCUGAAUGCAGCGGAGGAGGCCCUGGAGGCUUAUCAGCGAGAGAAGCAGCAGCGACUGAAUGAACUGCUGGUUGUGAUUCCACUCAAGCUCCACCAGAUAGAGUAUGUGGUAUUUGGAGAAAUACCUAGCGAUCUUUCUGGUACUUUGGUCUUCUCUAACCACGCCUUGAGACGGCUGCAAGAACGAAUCCGUGAGCUCCAGGAGGAAAAUUCCAAGCAGCAAAAACUCAACAAAGAAUGGAGAGAGAGACGUAAACAGCUCAUCCGAGAAAAGAGAGAAAUGACAAAAACCAUACAUAAAAUGGAGGAAACCGUCCGUCAGCUCAUGAUCAGCAAGUUCGGCCGUGUGGUAAACCUGGAAGCCCUUCAGACGCUUUCUGUUAAUACAACACUUGAAGAACUGAAGAUCAGAAAACUUCGAAAGGAGCUAGCGAAUGCGAAGGAGAUGAAGAUGUGGGAGGAAAAGAUUGCUCAAAUGCGAUGGGAACUGAUGAUGAAGACAAAAGAACACACCAGAAAGCUCUAUCAGAUGAAUGAUUUGUGUAUUGAAAAGAAGAAACUUGAUUCUCGGUUGAAUACACUACAGAAUCAGCAGGGCAAUGCCUUCCAGAGCCUUCGGGAAGCAGAUGUUGUGGCAAGAGAGGAAGUCACUGAAUUGAUCCAACUCCAGGCGGAAAGGAUUUCAGCCUUAAAGGAGGAGAUUGCUCUUUUGCGUAGGAAAGGUGGUCUUAUCCUCCCCCCCAUUCGGUCUCCACAAGAGAAAGAGAUGCAGCCCGCGGACCUUUGAGUUUGCUGUUUUCGCAAACCCAUGCAAGAUUUCUGACAUAACUCACCCGAAGUUCUGUCUCCUCGUCACCUCCAACAAUCUUAUUACUUUAAAGUUAACUUGUUUGAAAGUCUAAAACCAGAUCCAGUCACGUAGCUUUAAGAAUCUCUCUACAAUUUGGUUAUCUUAGAACCGAAUGCAGCACCCAACCUCUGUUAUGAAACUGAAUCAUUUUAGAUAUUUUGAACCUACUAGAUUGAAUAUGAAGUCUCAGAAGGCUGUUUCAUGAUUGCUGUAAAUCAUCUGUAAUAUAUUUUGUUUUAGGAAAAUUCGAUUUGGGGGUAUGCUGAAUUUUUAGCCAUUGGCAAGAAAAACUAUCAUUCAGCAAUUCGUGAGAAAACUGUUUUCUUGAUCCUUAGAAAAUAAACUUAGAUGUCAUUAAGUGUCCUCUGAAAGGAUGCAGGAUAAAAAGACAUCUUGCCAACUAUAUCUUAGAGCAGAAUUGCAAAUUUCAGUUUUGGCAUUGUUGACUUCAUAAAGCAGUUAUUUGAGGGCUCGGGAGUCAGGAAAUACAAACAGAUAUGGCAGAGCAGUUUGCUUUGGGUUGGCAGAAAGCAGGAAAAUAACCAGCCUUCUUGGAUAGCCCAGUUUUUGUAGACUCCUCAGUUCUGAGUGGAGCAGAGGGGUGUGCUUAAUAAAACAGUCAAUAAGGAGGCUUUUCUCUAAAGAUUUCUGCAACUCCAUCAGAAUUCUAAGUUUUCCCCAUAGUUUCUCAUGUCCUCUGCCAUUUUCUUCAGGUUUUACUUGGGCCAUUUGCUGGUUUUGAUAUAGACGAGGAGACAAUGAAAUAGAUUUACCUUAGAGAUCAUCUUUCACAAUCACUUUUGAUUAUGCAUAACAUUUUAAACUAAUUUAAGAGGAUCCUUUUGGUUUGGGGGUAAGUGCUCAUUGAAGCUCAUGGCUGUAACCACUGAAGGAUAAUCUCACUGACAUUUAGAAUCCUGUUAGUAACACAGCAUAGCUCUUUAGAUUAAGACCUUUGUAUUAAUGAGUGACUCCAUUGAGGCUGUUCCAGGAUAAGCUGGUCACCGAGAAGGGUGGGUGAAGAAGGGAACAUUGCAUAAAUAUAGAAGGGAACUCAGCAAUGCCAAGUCUUCCUCACCUGUGAUUAACCUGCUAAUCUGCCCCCCAAAAUUAGAUACAGGACUUGCUUUCUUUGUACAUCAGAAUAUUCUUAGAGGUGGCAACUUGGCCUAUUUUCUUCCUAAGAUUUCUUCAUAUUCCUAUUUAAGAGGUCAGAAUACCUUAUUGUUUUCACUUGUCACCAUUAAUUUCUGAUGUAGUCACUUCUCUAGUGGAGAGCACCCAGUAGAUUUUUAAAAAAUCACUUUCUUUGUUGUAUAUCCUAAACCAUGUGUGCCUUUUGAGUAUUUUUAAAAAUAUGCAAGUCAUAGCCCUGAAUAUCUUAUUUAUUGUGAUAAAAAAUUACCCCAAACUUAGCUUGAAACAACAAACUUAUGAUCUGACCCAGGAGUGAGAGGGUUUCUGAGGUCCAGGAAUCUGGGGACAGCUUGGCCGGGUGUUCUGGCUCAGGGUCUCUCGUGGAGUUGCAGUCACACUAGGAGCUGGGGCUGCAGCCGUCUGAAGCUUGGCUGGAGCUGGAGGGGCUACUAACAAAUUCACUCCCUUGGCCAUUAGGCAGGGCUUCAGUUCCUCGCCAUGUGGGCCUCUCCAUAGGGCUUCUCAGGACAUGACUUCUCCCAGAGCAAGUGAUCCAAGAGUGAGGGAGAAAGCAAGAGAGAAUGACGCACACAAGAGCCACAGUCUUUUACAGCCCAAACCCAGAAGUGACAUACCGUCACUAUUGUCAUAUGGGUCACAGGCUGACCCUAUGUGAUGUGGGAGGGGGCUGAACAGGGUGUAAAUGUCAGGUGAGGGUUACGGGGGCCUUUGUAGGGGCUGGCGGCUGCAAGCAGCAGCUACCUAGAGAGAGUGGCUGGUCUCUGAGAAAGGUCUAGAGGCGAUACCAUCCCCUUGGUAAGAGAAUCAGGAGAAGUUAUGUUAUCUUCCUGGGCCUCAUUACCUGACAAAUGAAGGAUUGGUAGAAUGGAUUCCUUCCCAUUCUGAAAUUCUGAUUCUGAUUGCAGCAAGAGUGAACCUAGAGUCUAUGGAAGAGCCACGUCAGGAUUUGCUGCGCAUUUCAACUGAGAGGAAAACUAAUCGGGAUAAUUAUUCCCAAACUGAGCUAGACUAAAUCACUAGUUAAUUCUGCAAUAUUCAGGGCUUCAUUCCGCAUGUUUGCGGAAUUGACAAGACAGUUAACACUCAAUUACUUUAUUUUGAAUUGGACAAAAUACGUUGAUAGCUUUAGGUUCAUUUCAACUUGAUUCCAGGCUUAGUCUUAAAUCUGUAGUUAAGUUAGAGCACCUGAAUCUUUGGGAAGUUAAGCUUCAAACCCAAGUAGACCAGCAAGGUGUGGCAUGGGUGGGUGGCUGGGAAGCUGUCCUGCUCCUGGCACACUUUCCGGCCUCCUGCUGUGCUCCCAGAGGAGCAGCCUCACCUCUGAGGAUGAGGCCAAAAAUCAGCCUACACUGAGUUACUUGUGGGUCAAUUGUUCAUAUAUCUUGGCUAUUCUGAACUCUCAUCCAUAGUAUUGCCGAUGAUCAAUCUCAGCAUUAGAAGAAACAGAAACCGCAGAGUCCAGCCCCUCUGUCACAACUUUAGAGUAAAGGAGUUGCUCAUGCCUGCCAGCCAGCCUGUCCUACCACAGCGGGCUCCCCACUUAGGGAGGUCUGUGAGCCAUGCGCUAAACAUUUCUUUAGAGCUAAAACCAUUGAGUGCUAUGAUUCCAGUGCUGUGCAGAUGUUUCACAUAUCACUUCCGAAAAGCUCACCAAAAUUCAUUUUUCAACUACCUUAGAUCAAGGAGAAAAAAACAAAGGAAAAAACGUAAAAAACCAGUGUGGCUAGAAGGUGAGUUACAGCUCAGAUUGGGAGGCCUCUGGAUAGCAAAGCAAUGACUGAGAGCCUUAGCUCUACCCACUCCAGAAGUGAGCUCUGGGCCGUGAUGCCAGGUUGUCUGAAAUCACAGUAUCUUAUUUUUUCUCUUCUCUUCCCUGCUCUGCUUCUCAUUUCCUAUCAUUUACCUGUUCCUUACAGUCCUUUUUAAAAAAUAUUUUUAAAAUACUGCUUUCCUGAAAACCACGCUGCAUUUCCACAAGAAGUUCUGACGUUGAGCUGUUGAUGGAAAAAGGAUGCAGAAGUCUGAGGAAUAGCAGGUGCUGUACUUACUUUGGCCAGCAGAGGAUGCACUUGCCCUAAACAGUCAGAGUGACUCAAUGCCCCAGGCUUCCCUAGGACCCCGUUUAUCGAAUUCUUCGGGUUUAGAAGCCAGGGUCUGGCCCCCACUUAAUGAGAUUGUCUCAAGUGGCAUUUCAUCUGUAACUCAAUUUUACUGAAAUCUAGAAAAUACAGCCCCCCCCCACCCUCUCCAGCCCCAAAACUCAAAAGUGUAGUAAGGUUUUCAUUUGCAAGCAUCAGUCUCCAUCUAGUUCCACUUCCACAUACUAAAGAUUUUAAAAUUUCAAUUAAAAAAAGAAUCUAUGGUUGAUCCUUUGGUUGGACAACAGUAUGUAAAUGUUGAUUUUAAACUAGUGAGUCAACUACUCUGGCAAUGCUGGUGUAUCUUUGGAAAGAAGGGAAGUCACCAAGUGAAUUUAUCACGCACCGUAUGUCCAUGUGUGGCACAGCACUUAGCUAUCGUAUUUUGGAGAAAAUACUUGGUCUUCAACACACACCUAUAUAAAAAAGAUUAGUUUGAUGUCUUCAAUACGACCUAAACUUCGUCUCAAGUCCAGCUGGUAAGAGAACUGUGAAUCUGUUUUUCCUGGUCUGUUGUACAACGGUUCCCUUGUGGACCAGACAGUAAUGUGUUCUGUAUGAAUCCAAGCACAACUGACACUCACUGUUUUAAAAAACAAAAACGAGAAACCUUUGCUGCCUUUUCCAGAUCUCAUUUCUGAAGGACCUGAAAAUAUUGUAAGUGGGUAUCUUCUUCAAAUACUCAGAGACUGAAUUCUAACAUCUAAAGAAAAUGCUGACUCACACAUGACUCAGUUGAAGGUUACAGGGAAGACUAAACAUUUAUUUAGAAGUUACAGUGUUUGUUUUUACAGAGAUAUGUUGCCACGGAUUAUUGAUUCUGGAAGGUUUUUUAAUGCUCAUAGUGCUGUACACAUCUUGGUCUGUUCUCAUGGGCAUCGUAGGAAAAUGUUCCAGUAGCACCGGAUCCAGCCAUCUGUGUGGGUGUCUCCAGGCUGUGAUACCGUGACCCUUGCUUUUCAACCUCGUGGUUGUGAGGAACCAUGUGCCUGGGAUCCUUCCUCUUGCCAGCUUAUCUGUGGGCCUCCAGCAGCCUCGUCUGCCACCGCAGAGGCCCCAGGUUAGGAGUCUGUCCCGUGCCAGCCUGUGCGGUGCUUUCCUGGGGGACUCCUGUUAGGUGGCGGCUUCUUUCUUUUCCCUCUCCAACCUCAACAGGUAGGAUUCCUUAUGUCUCUCCAGAAUUAUAAAACAUAUACAUUAUUUACAAGUGCAUAAAUAUAUAAAUAUGGCUAUAAUAGAAAAAUAAAUACCAAUUUUCUCUGUC